GUGCUGGGACCCAGCAUGUUCAGUGAUUUACGUCGGGACAUCGGUGACAGUGACUAUUCGCUAAUCAUUGAUGAAAGCACUGAUAACACUAUGAAAAAGAAGCUGUGUAUUGUAGUGCGCUACCCAAGCUACGAGAAGAAAAGAAUUGUAACAUCAUUCGCAGGACUGGUUGAACUCGAGAGAGGUACUGCUGAGGCUGUUACAACAGCCUUACUUGAGUUCUUGGAAAAACAUAUGAAGCUGGACGUCAAGAAAUGCAUUGGCCUGGGAACAGAUGGCUGUAACACAAUGUCAGGAGCACAUAACUCAGUGAUCUCAAAAUUGCGGGAAGUAAACCCGCAUGUAACACACAUUAAGUGCAUAUGUCACUCUUUACAACUAUGCACUUCAUAUGCAAUGAAAAAGUUGCCCUCCCACCUUGAGUAUAUGCUGUCACAAACCUACAGAUAUUUCUCUAGUAGUGUUCUCCGCCAACAAAAGUAUGCAAACCUAUACUCUACAAUCAACGUGGGAGAACAGCCUCUCAAGAUUCUGCAGCUGUGUGAUACACGAUGGCUUGCAAUUGCUCCAUGCCUGUCGAGGAUCCUGCAUCAGUAUGACGAACUGAAACUUCAUUUUGAGAUUUCCAAGCACGAAGACUAUGCUGCCGACCUGUUGUAUCAAAUGUACAAAGAUCCAGCGAACAAGGCGUUCUUGGCGUUCCUGAACCCUAUUGUGUCUCAGGUGAACAGAGUGAACAAGAUGUUCGAGGCUGAUCAGUGCAAUGUCAGCAAACUACUUGCAGAGCUGAUAUCCCUUUAUCAAUCCGUCCUCAUUCGACUCAUGAUGCCGAGGACCUUUUCUUCACAGCAGGCUGUGAUAAAUUUUGAUGUGGACGAUGACCGCAACCACCUGCCUUUGCAAGCAGUGGACAUGGGUGUGCAGUUCAACAUAGAAGUGGGACAGAGCAACCUGGAUCCUGGAAUUGUCACCACCAUCAGGAAACACGGGCGUGACUUCCUCAUGCAGCUUCUCAAAGAGCUACAGAUGAGGUUGCCCUCGAAUGUACAGCUUCUGCAAAGCAUGGAUGCUUUGAGUCCGGAAACAGUUUUAGGGAUAAGAAAACCAAGGCUGCAGGAACUGUCUUUCCUUCCCAAGUAUAAUGGAGACAUUAGUAAGCUAGAUGAGCAGUGGCAGAGGCUGGGGACUGUCAGUUGGCCUAGAGAUUCUGUUUUAGAUGCAGAAAAGUUUUGGAUGGAAGUAUACGGCCACACAGAUGCUUCAGGAGAGAAAGAUUUUAGUGAGGUUGGGAAAUUUGCUUUGUCACUUUUAGCAAUACCUGUUAGUAAUGCUUCAGUAGAGAGAGUAUUUUCACAAAUGAACCUGGUUAAAAGUAAGCUCAGAAACAGGAUGCAGCAAACAAGUUUAGAGAACACCCUGCAUGUCCGCGCAUUCAUGCAGAGAAAUGGCAUCUGUUGCCAUAAGUUCACUCCCUCACAAGAAAUGCUGUCUCUGUUUACCCAAGACAUUUACUGUGUAGAUAAGGCUAAUGAUAACAGUGACUAUAUUGAUAUUGAUGCAUAGGACUGUGUAGCUGUGUAGCCCAGCCUGCCAGCUGGGGUGGAAUGCAAAAAGCAAAUUGCAUGUUUAAGGUUGCCAAGAUACGGCCGCCACACGUACUUGCAUAUUUUAUUUAUUAAACACCAAAGGAAGCCUAAAACUACGCGAAAUUACGUCAGUAAAUGGACAUUCAUUUAUUAGUAACUUUCGAGGAGUUUUAAGCUUCCUUUGGUAUUUAAAAUAUAGAAUAUGCAAGGUAGGGCGGCCGUAACUUGGCAGCCUCAAACGUGCAAUUUGCUUUUUGCAUCCCGGCUGGCAGAGCUAGGUAGAUACCCAAAUAUAGUGCCAUAAUUUUUCCUUUUCACCGUAUAAUUAUGAAUAUUUACUCUGUGCAUAUUAUUAUCUAGAUCUCAAUAAAGUACGUGUCCAUUGUCUGCCUUUGUCGCGUAAGUAUUCCUGUAUAUAUUAUUAAAAAAAUUUGGGCUCCUUUUGGGCGGUUUCUAGAGGUUACAUUGGCGGGUUUUGGGCGGGUUAUCGGGUGGGACUGGGCGGGAACGUGG